GAUAGGGGAUCGUGUGUUAUCCAUCAAAUCAACAUUGGGAAGUAUGAAUGAUGGAGAAAUAAGCAUUUCGGCAUAUGAUACGGCUUGGGUUGGUCUAGUACAAGAUAUAAAUGGGAGUGAUCGUCCUCAAUUUCCAAGUACCCUCCAAUGGAUUGCUAACAAUCAGCUACCAGAUGGUUCUUGGGGAGAUCAUAAAAUCUUUUUGGCUCAUGAUCGGUUGCUUAACACUUUAGCUUGUGUGAUAGCAUUAAAAUCAUGGAAUAUUCAUCCUCACAAAUGCCAAAAAGGAAUGAAAUUUUUCAAGGAAAAUUUAAGUAAGCUCAAAACCGAUAACGCUGAGCACAUGCCUGGGGGUUUUGAAGUUGCUUUCCCAUCUCUACUAGAAAUGGCUCGAAAAAUAAACCUUCAAAUUCCUGAUCAAGAUUCUCCUAUCUUGCAAGACAUUUAUGCCAGAAGACGUAUAAAGCUCUCCAGGAUACCGCGGGACAUAAUGCAACAAGUGAGAACAACACUACUCUAUAGCUUGGAAGGAAUGACAGACUUGGACUGGGAAAAGCUUCUCAAAUUACAGUUCCGAGAUGGGUCUCUCUUGUUCUCUCCAUCCUCCACUGCUUUUGCAUUUAAUGAGAUCAAAGUUCAAAAUUGCUUGAAAUAUUUAACUAGUGUGGUUCAGAGGUUCAAUGGCGGACGUAAGAGUAUGCCUUUUGUCUUAGUUUUGUCUCAGCUAUAA